AAACCGUGCGUUUACCUCAAGGAGCAGUUCGAAGAUCAUCGCAGACGUCUUUAUAAUUCUAAUAUCAUUGAAAAAAUCAUCGAUAAAUUGGAUGAUGGAUUACAAGAAGUUCAUGAUAUGAUCCGACAAGAAAUCCCGUUUCCAGAGCGACGACUACGGGGAGUGUUUGAAGAAUUAGGUCAUGGAUGUUCCCGUUUUGUUUCCUUGGUGAAAGGAAGUGGGGGUGGAGCCUCAGCUGGUAAAACUAAACUAGAUCGGGAACGUCACAAGAUACUGGUUAGGCAGAUGGACCAGUUAUCUACCUUGGCUCGUACUGUUAAAGCCACGAUAACGAAGAAUAAUCUAAAAGAGAAAAUGAGAUCUGGUAAUAACUGUCUGUCAAAACUACGUAAACUUAAAGAUGAGCCCCAGCCUUCUUUACCAGACGUCUAUAUUUGGAUGAUUGCUUCCAAGAAACGAAUCGCUUACCAACGAUUGUCUGCUAGAGAUAUAAUAUAUUCGGUUGUCGAGGAAGAGAAGGGCAAGGAUUGUGGGAAGGUUGUUACCCUAUUACUCAAGUUACCUGGUAAGAAAGCUGAUGGUGAAUCAGGCUGGACAAUCCAGGCUAAACUACAGUUGUAUAUAUGGUUAGGGUUACUGAAGCAUAAAAAAGACUAUUUGAAGGGACUACCAAUGGGAUACGAGGAAACUAAAGCGUUAAAACAUUCAACUAAAACACAAGCUGUUCCCCCACCAUUUAUAUACUUUACAGAGAAACAGACAUUCCAGUUACGAGCCCACAUGUAUCAAGCGAGACAGUUGAUUGGUUCAGAUGCAUCUGGUCUGUCAGAUCCAUUCGCUCGUAUCGCGUUCAGUGAACAGAGUAUAUGUACACAGGUGAUCGAGGAGACGUUGAGUCCGACCUGGGAUGAGUUUCUGAUAUUAAACGAAGUAGAUGUUUAUGGAUUAAUUGAAGAUAUUGUAGACAACCCUCCCACCAUUAUUGUAGAAGUUUUUGAUCAGGACAAUGUGGGAAAAUCAGAAUUUAUUGGAAGAUGUUUAUGCAAACCUGUUGUCAAACAGAGUACGGAGAAAUACGACCCCCCGAAAUUCCCCCCUCGUCUAGAAUGGUGGGAUAUUACACGAGGAAUGGAUAGGGCGGGAGAAUUACUCGCGGCUUUCGAACUUCUUCAGGUA